AUGAUCGGGCUCCUUUCUUCAGCAGUUGCUGCUUUGCUUCUCUCCAGGGCCACUGCUACCCCUGUGGCCCCGGAAGUCAAGGUCAGCAACCUGCUGGGAUUUGACCCUUCCUACGUCCGUACUCUCUCAGCGGAUGAUAUCAUUCCAGAAGUCACAUACUUGUCUGCCGAGGACAUUGCCCAAAACGCAACGCUCCUUGAGCCUCUGAUUCCCGAGGGUGCAACCAACACAGACGUCAACAAGCGCUACAUAAAUGGCGCUGAUGACCGCUAUGUUUACAGCGAUACAAGUUACCCUUGGGCUGCCACUGGCAAGUUAUACUGGAGUAAUGGCGUCUGGUGCUCCGGCGCUCUAGUCGGACCUCGGCAUGUCCUGACUGCCAAGCACUGCCUUACUUCCGGUGCCACUGGCUACUUUGCCCCGGGCUUCGACAACGGGGCCCGUUUCGGUGAGGGUGUUGUUACUGUGGCUGUCACCACCGACAUUGACUGGGGUACGCCUUGUGGCUGGAAGGGAGAUUGGGCUAUUCUUAUUAUUGACCGACGAUUGGGUGAAGAGCGCGGAUACUUUGGUGCUAAGUAUCCUGACGCUUCGCUCGUCGACCAACCCAUCUUCAACCACAUUGGCUACCCUGGCGACCGGGACAGCGGUAACAGGCCCUAUCGUACGAAUGGAAAUACAGUCCAAUCCUUCCGUGCGUGGGAUUGCGAUUCUACUGGACCUUUCUACACUGACACCGACACUAUGGGUGGUCAGUCCGGUGGCCCUCAUUGGCAAGAUGUAAACGGCGCCCCGUACAUCUGGGGAACUUUGUCAGUAACAUUCGGUUCUGGCACAGUUGCCUGGGCGGGAUGGGGAUCUGGUGAUGGUAUGGUCAGCACUAUUGGGCGUCUGAGAGCCGAGUAUCCCUAG